AUGGUGGACAGAGGUGAAUUUCUUAGUGAAUUUGUGGCCUUCCUUGAAUCUCACACAUUUUUAUUUUCUCCUCAUGGCCCAGAUUUAUUCGUGCUGAAGUGUUGCUUCCUCGCGCCAGCUAUCCUGCAAUCAAUGAAGGGGAUUACUGGCGUCUUGGCUGCGCUCCUGCUUGGCUAUCAGGUUGCUGGCUUUGGGCACGAUGGCCACCAUGCGUUGAGAGUUCGGGAUGUCGUCACGGAACCAGAACCGCUUACAAUAGAAGUGACCGUCUAUGUGGACCAGAAUGGGAAGACGCUGGGGACUCAGAGAAAGGGCCACCACCCAAGCACAACUGUGAAUAGUGCACCCACGGAUCUCCCUCCUAUUAUUGGCGUGCCCAAUUUGGAUAUUCCCAAUGAGCUUGUACCGACCCUGGCAACCGAUGUCGCGAACCACAACCCACAGCAGUCGCAGCCGCAGCCGCAGCCGCAAAAUGGUCGCCGCUUUGGAAUUUCAUACUCUCCGUACAACGCGGAUAACACGUGCAAGUCCCAGGACCAAGUCAACAGCGACAUGGACACGCUGGGCCGCUACGCUUUUGUCCGUAUCUACGGCGUGGACUGUGACCAAACCAACAAGGUAGUUUCAGCAGCAAGACAACGAAACCUGAAAGUGUUCACGGGCGUAUACGACCUCCAGAACCUGGACGCCAGUCUGAAACUCAUCUCUGACGCCGCCGCGGGGGACUGGACCACUAUCCACACCGUUUCUGUGGGCAACGAGCUGAUCAACCGCGGUCAAAAUUCGGUCCCGGAUGUGACCAACGCCGUCCGGUCUGCGCGCACUUACCUCCGCAAUGCCGGAUACAAGGGCCCCGUAGUGACGAUCGACACCUUCUCGAAGAUGCUCGAACACCCGGAGCUCUGCCAGGCAUCGGAUUACUGCGCUGCAAACUGCCAUGCCUUUUUCGAUAACGCGCAGACCGCCGAGCAAGCCGGAGAGUAUGUCCGCAGGCAAGCGCACGAUAUUUCCGCUGCCGCGGGCGGCAAACGCACCAUGAUCAGCGAGUCCGGCUGGCCCCAUGCCGGCCAAGUCAACGGCGCAGCGGUGCCUUCCCCCGAGAACCAGCAAAGGGCCAUCGAGAGUCUUCGACAGGCGUUUGCCCAUAACCAUGGCAAUCUUGUUCUCUUCAGUGCGUUUGACGAUGCCUGGAAGCAGGAUUCCCCGGGGACCUUUGGGGCCGAGAAGUUCUGGGGCAUUGAGCGGCAUUGA